AUGUUAUUUAUUUACUUGAUAUUUCUAGGUGGAUACGAAUGGAUAUUAGAAGAUAUCAUUGAAUUAACAUCGGAAUAUUGUCUUUUUCAAAAUAAUAUUGAUAAGUUAUUAUCCAUUCGAUGGGAUUGGGUUAAUGCAGACGAUGGCGGACAUUUACUAUCAAUCAUUAUUGAUUCAGAAAUAUUUAUUUUCGCACCGGUCUGUCUAAAUCUUUCAUUAAGUCGUAAUAAACUACGAGGUGGGCAUGCAUGUCAGCCAACAUUAAUGACUACAAUUGGUGAAGUGUAUGUAGAUUGGAAACCUAUCGCUUGUACUCGUAUAGUCAUAGCUGACUUCAACUCUUCGUCAUCGUUAUCAUUAUCACCUCUUAUAUCAAUUGAAAAGAAGAAAUCAAUGCCAACACAACAACAAGAAUCUUGUUGGCGAUAUUCUUCAAUUACUGCCUUGCGUGGUGGUAGUAAUCAUCGUUGUUUUGUCAAACAAGCUGCAUGGCUUCGUGAUGGUCUGUCACUAAUUGGUGCAAAAACGGAACUCCAGUUGUUUAGCCAAUGGCCAUCAAAUAAUUUUUAUAAUUUAUUUACGUGA